UAUAUAAGAAUCAAUAUAGAAUACCUUUAAGCUCUGACACUGCCUCUAUACCUGAUCUUAGAACUAUUACUGGCGCUACUACUACUACUACUACUACUACUACUACCACCACCACAAACCACAAACCACAAACCACACCAUGGGCGAUUAUACACCCACAGUCACUAUAAACCCCUCUCCAAUAUCCAAACCAUUGCGCUUUCUCGUCAUCGGAGCCGGGUCUCGCGGGAACGCCUAUGCGCGCGCCGUGCGCAGCGUCACGAACGGCGUCAUCCACGCCGUGGCGGAGCCCCACGCCUUUAAACGCCGCGAGUUUGGCGAGAAGAAUAUCUGGGGGAAAGGAGGGAGACCGGGCGAGGGACAGGAGUUUGACGACUGGAAAGACUGGCUUGAAUGGGAGACAGAGAGGAGAAAGCUCACUGCUGAAACGAAUACCACGGCUACCAAUGCUAGCACUGUUGGCGUCGACGGCGUCUUUAUCUGCACGUUGGACGAAACGCACGUUGAGAUACUGCAGGCGAUCACACCCUUGAAACUACAUAUUCUCUGCGAGAAGCCGUUGGCCAUCUCGCUGACAGAAUGUCUAGCAGCGUACCGCAGCCUCUCGACACACUGCGAGGCGUCCAAGAUCUUCUCCGUCGGCCACGUCCUCCGGUACAGCCCGCACAACAUGCUGCUACGCCAACUACUACUUCUUGACCGGGUCGUGGGGGAUAUAGUCUCGCUCGAGCAUUGCGAGCCCGUGGGCUGGUGGCAUUUCUCGCACAGUUACGUGCGUGGCAACUGGCGGCGCGAGACGGUCAACGGGGACGGAUCCCUGCUUACCAAGUCCUGCCAUGAUAUCGACUUUAUCUUGUGGAUGUUAUGUUCACCAUCGCCAGGAGGAUCUUCUUCUUCCUCCUCCUCUUCAACGCCUUCAUAUCAUUUCCCCCGCUCGAUCUCCUCCUUCGGCUCGUUGACUCAAUUCCGCCGCGCACGCAAACCCAUCAAAGCAGGAAACGCGACAAACUGUCUCUCCUGCCCCGCGGAGCCGGAAUGCAUCUACAGCGCCGUGAAGAUCUACGAUGGCAAACAUCUCGCAAAGCAGAAACUGUCCCAUUCCGCCCUGAGCAUCGUCUGCCCAGACAUCGAAGACGUAUAUACCACCCAAGGCGAGCAGGCUGCACGACAAGCCCUCCUGACCAGUUUAUCAGAAGACUACGACAGAUCGACGACCGAGGACGCCCUUAUCGCCUCGCGACCAUGGUACGGCCGGUGCGUCUAUGAAGCAGAUAACUCUGUUUGUGAUGACCAGGUUGUCAUUCUGAAAUGGGACGACCAGAACACUACUGCUAGUACUAGUACUAGUACUACCAGUAGGACCUCCAAAACAGCUCUCUUCCAUAUGAUCGCCCCCACGGAGAAACAGUGCGAACGCCGUGGCCGCGUCUACGGCACAAAAGGCGAGGUAUCUUACGAUUCAGAAACGAUCACCAUCCACACCUUCGAAUCCGGGACCACGACGUCCGUCCCUGUUCCGAAACCCGCAACGGAAGAAGAAGCCCAGGGCCACGGUGGAGGCGACUAUGGCCUGGUGCGGAGUUUCGUUCAGGCCGUCGACGCAGUCGAGAAUAAAGGCUAUGCUGUUGCUGAUGCCCAGAGGUCCUUCAUCGGGUGUACCCUUGAGGAAGCUGUGAGGAGCCACGCCGUCGUCUUCGCCGCCGAGGAGGCCAGACGCGACGAGAAGGUCGUCAAGUGGGAUGAAUGGUGGGAGAAGAAGAUACGCCAGUAAUUUUUUUUUCUUUUUUUUUUUCAAUCCAUUAAUUCUUAGACAGUGGUUACACGAGACAAAUGAUUAAAGGACGCAUGAAAUUACGAACUUGCUUGUUGCUUUUACAAAACUAGUGCUAUCAUUACUCAUAUCAUCAUCAUCAGGUCCGGACAUCAGGCUCCUCACGGCCAACGUACUCCUUGAACUUGAGCAGAGACAGAGCCAGGGCCACGUUGUCCUUGAGGUACUCCUGGGUAGCGAGGCCCAGGUGGCUCUUGUCCGCCUCGUACUUCUCAAUGUACAGCCGGAUGGUCGC